UGAAAAGACAUAAGAUAAGACAUAUAAGCAAGUCAACGACUUCAUAUAUUUUUCUCCGGGGUUUUAAUUCCAUCGCGCGCGCGGGGGACAGAGGGAUGGCGGACGCAGCACAGGACGUCGAUGCCAAAGGCGGCGCUCUUGACACGGCAAAGGAUUUACUUGCGGGAGCUGCUGGAGGUGUUGCACAGGUUCUCAUAGGCCAACCCUUCGACAUCGUCAAAGUCCGGCUGCAAACAAGCACGGCAUACAAAUCCGCCCUCGACGCCGCCACUUCCAUCUACGCCAAAGAGGGGCCCCUCGCCUUCUACAAGGGCACGCUAACGCCACUCCUGGGUAUCGGCGCCUGCGUAUCCAUCCAAUUCGGUGCCUUUGGGUAUGCGCGACGCUACUUCGAGAGGCAAAACGCUAAAAAUGCCUCCUCCUCCAAGGACUUGACUUUCGGCCAGUACUUCGCGGCCGGCGCCUUCGCGGGCGUCGCCAACUCCGUCAUCUCGGGCCCCAUCGAGCACGUGCGCAUCCGCCUGCAGACGCAACCCCACGGCGCCGCGCGCCUCUACUCGGGCCCGCUCGACUGCGUGCGGCAGCUGUCGUCGCGCGGCGGCGGCGUCCUGCGCGGCCUGUACCGCGGGGAGGCCGUGACCGUCUGGCGCGAGGCCGCCGCCUACGGCACCUGGUUCCUGACGUUCGAGUACCUGAUGACGGCGGACGCGGCGCGCAACCGCAUCGCCCGCUCCGAGAUCCCCAGCUACAAGGUCGCGCUGUACGGCGGCCUCGCCGGCGAGGCCCUCUGGCUCGCGAGCUACCCCUUCGACGUCGUCAAGAGCAAGAUGCAGACCGACGGCUUCGGCCCCGACGCCCGCUACAAGUCCAUGCGCGACUGCUUCGCGCAGACCUGGAGGGCCGAGGGCAUGCGCGGCUUCUGGAAGGGCAUCGGCCCCACGCUCUUGCGAGCUAUGCCCGUCAGCGCGGGGACCUUUGCCGUUGUGGAGGCUACGAUGCGUGCUCUUAGCUAGAAAGAGCAAACAAGAAGAAAGAAAAAAAGGAAAAAGAGAACUCGAAUAGAAAAAACAUCAACAGGGAGGAUAAUGAAGAUCUAGACUUAGAUUAUGUGUAUUGACAAGGCGUUGUGUUUCAACCAAAGAUGCGCAA